AUGAAAGUCUGGACUGAUGCCAGGCUCGACCACGAUGCAUACGAUGACGCAGCCAACAAAAAGUCAAAGAAGGCCAAGCCUACAAAGCGACGAACAAAAGAUCAGCGAAAGAAAGAUCAGGAGCAAGAUCUUUUCGGCAUCGGAUGCCAAUUCGAACAAACAGAUAUGGCAUCGACUACCUAUGAUCGGAUGGGACGUAGCGAUAUUUAG